CGGGGCCCGGCCUGCCUCGGCCUUGGCGGUUGCUGACAGGAAAAAGUCGACGGUUUUUCCAGCCCUGCUCUGGGCUUGUCCAAAAUGCGGCUGAGAAAGCAUCCCUAACAGCUGUGGAGUGGGAACAGGCGUUGAGCCCUCACAGGAUGGCUUCAAGAAAUAUGGAACCCUGUUCCUGUGACACAUUUGUGGCACUGCCUCCAGACACCGUUGACAAUAGAGUUAUUUUUGGAAAAAAUUCAGAUAGACCUAAUGAUGAAGUACAAGAGAUCGUUUAUUUCCCUGCAGCAACUCACAAUCCUGACGAAAAGCUUGAGUGCACUUACAUAGAAAUUGAGCAAAUGGCACACACAUCUGCUGUUGUUCUAAGUCGCCCAUCUUGGUUAUGGGGUGCAGAAAUGGGGGCCAAUGAACAUGGAGUUUGCAUUGGGAAUGAAGCUGUCUGGGGAAAAGAAGAAGUAUGUGAUGAAGAAGCUCUAUUGGGCAUGGAUCUUGUCAGGCUUGGACUUGAAAGAGGUGACACAGCUGAAAAAGCACUUGACACCAUUGUUGAUUUGCUAGAAAAAUAUGGGCAGGGUGGAAACUGUUUGGAGAGUGGCCUGCUGUUCAGCUAUCACAACAGUUUUUUAAUAGCUGAUAGGACGGAAGCCUGGAUUCUGGAAACUGCAGGGAAAUACUGGGCAGCAGAGAGAAUAAAAGAGGGCUGUCGCAACAUUUCCAAUCAGCUCUCUAUAGCAAACAAAAUUGAUAGAGAACACCCAGGAAUGAGAGAAUAUGCAAAGAACCAAGGUUGGUGGGAUGGUAAAACGGAAUUUAAUUUUGCUGCCAUGUACUCCUAUGUCAACACUGCCAGGAUGACUACUUCACGCGACAGAUACUGGGAGGGCCACAAAAUGCUGAAUAAACACAAAGGAGCUAUCACUUCUGAAACAAUGAUGAAGAUUCUUCGAGAUAAAGAAAGCGGCAUUAAUAUGGAGGGAGGAUUUCUUACCACUGGAAGCAUGGUGUCCAUAUUACCUCAGGACCCUACCCUCCCUUGUAUUCAUUUCUUCACAGGGACUCCUGAUCCUGACAGGUCUGUUUUCAAGCCUUUCAUUUUUGUGCCAAAUAUUACUCAGUUGCGAGGAAGUAGCUCACCAACAUUUGGCCCCGAUGAUCCAGUGAAAAAGAAGCCACGUUUUCAGUCUAAACCAGAUAGAAGACACCAGCUCUACCAAAACCAUGAACGUGCCGUAACGGUAAUAGAAACACAAAAGGAGAAAGGCAGAAAGAUCCUGGAAGAGCAGCGGAACCUGGAGAAGGAGAAGCUCAAAGAGAUGGAAUUAGUUCUUCAACACAAACCUCUUCCUGGUGACCAAGCUAAGAAUCUGUUUUCUCACUGUGUGCACAAGGAAAUAGAAAUGUAUAAAUCAAGUGGAGAGUUUGAGUAGUGUACCCUGGUCAGAAUUCUUACAGGCAGAGUCCAGAGCAUGUUAAGCUUUUUCACAAAAUGGGAAAAUUUGCAUGAGUGAGAUUUAAUGUAGGUUUCCCCAUUGGCUUUUUGUUUAAAAUUGGAACAAUCCAUCAGUGGUAUUUAUUGAGAUGUUAGAUAUGUUUCCUGUCCACAAGGAGCUUACUUUCUACAGGGACAGACAAUAUAAAUACAUUAUGGAGAUAUACACACAUGAUCAUCAAUAUGAUUAUUUUUUGAAUGGGUCAUGGUACAAUAACUAGAUAUUUUAAGUACCUUUUUCUAAUUGAAAAAUUUAGUAGUCUCUCAUUUGUAAUACAAUUUCAUUAAGUAAACUCUCUUUUUAUGCCUAUGCUAAACUCUUUCAGUGAGUCACUGCAGUUUAAGGCAGCCCUUUUAAGUUGAUUUUUAAAUUACCUGACUUAAGACAUUCUUAAAUUAAGCCCUGAGCAUUAUGCUCCAGGAUUAUUAUUAUUUUUUUUUUAUUUUUGGAAUAAUAAAUUUGUAACAACCUUUUCAGUUCUUGGUGUAAGGAUCACUGCCAGGCGGGGAGUAUGACUUUCUUCCCAAUUCAUUUUUGGUGACGAAGGAAGAGACAUGAUACAAGGUGACUGUGUACCUGAGUAGCUCUUUCAGUUCAAAUUUCUUUGUUCAGUGGUAGGUAGAGAGAUGCUUCACUGUCAUUUUCUUUGUGGAACUUGCAUGUUAUGAUUAGUAUGUACAAAUAAUUUAGUCAUGUUAUUUGGGAAAAAAUAACCUAUCCACAGCACUUAGGGCUGAAAGACUGUGUAAAAUUAUAUUUAAGACUGUUCAGAUGAGACAUACUGUAUAACUUUCAGCUAGGAAAAUUAAAAUCUAAUUUUGUUACAAAAAUC